GAGUUCAGGAAAAGGACAUUGGGAUCGUGGAACGAAGCGUUAGGGUUAGGUCACUCAUGAGACCGUAGUCUGGAGGUAUCAGAAAAGGAGUCACCUGUCACACGUAGAGAAAAUUAAUGAUAUAGUCUAGAGAUAUUUGAAAACUUGGACGCCUACAAGUAGAUUCAAGGUUGACUAAGAGGAUCUAAGGUUUGCUAGGCCACCGCGCGUGGACGCAAUUGAGGUUAACCGAUCGAAGUUCGAUAGAUUGGCGGGGUCCGCGAGUCUCCGGGGCCCAAAGUUCCAGGACUAAUCAGACCCAACCUAGACACUUUGGAAAGUACACAGUUCGUUCCGGGUAUUACCCGUGUCAGAGUUCCCGUCGCCAAGUGAAUCGAUAAUGGUGUAUCGGACGCCAGGGGUGCAACAAGGGUUGCGAGGCUCGAGUGAAUCGUCGUAGGCUGGGACCCCGGAUUGGUGUGGCAAAAGUGCAGGUCGCUAUCAACGUGAAAUGUUGGCGACGAUAGUCGUAAAGUGGAAGGAGAACGUGUUCCAGGGCGAUCGUUGGUCCAACAGUGGGUCUCGUCACGCGAUUUAAUGGAUUCGAUCGGAGUUAAUGCGCUGCCCGGCGAGUCACGCUUCCGCGACGGAUCCUCGACGCUGUGAGCGACGUGUCCCGCGUGUCCUGGCGUCGUUUGCUAGCGUCGAUCUCUUGGCGGACGAUCCCGGUGGUCCCCGGAGGAUCGGUAGACGGGAAUCAUGGCUCCUCUUCCCGAUAGGAAGAUCCGGCGGGGCUGACGCGACCGGAAGUCGUUCGACGAUGGCGUUCGUUGUCCCUGGAAUCGAGUGAGACCGACUCGACUGCGAACAGGGGCUUCUAGACCACCCUCUCCCCCCUUGAAUGGGGUAUCGAUUAAACACGAAACAAUGACGGGAACCUGUUCUCGCUGGAGACUUUGCACGAGCCGCGGCAUGUUCUUCUGAGGGGGAGGACGUGUGUGUCUGUUGUGUCGCGCCAUCUGUUUUCGAUGACAAUCAUGUUGGCCAAGGUCGUGAUCUUGCUGAGCGUCCUGCGAUUCGCGCUGUCGCUGGAGGACCGAACCACGUGCGCGAAGAACCGUAGCAUGAUCGAGAUCCCCGGCGACGCUGUUCUGUCGUUAUUCCUCGACAUCAACUAUGGACCCUACUGCAACAUCACGUCUGCGAAGGGUCUCCAAGAAAUGUCCACGGCGUUCUACGUGGUACACGCUCUGAACAAGUACGAAUUCGUGCCUGGACUUCCACUAGGAUUAAAAAUCUUCGACACCUGCCACGACGAGAUGACGGUAUACAAACAGUCCCUGCAAGCAGCAGUGGACUCUGACUGCACAGAUCGUUACGAAUUGGGGAUCCUGCUGCCGACGGAGUACAGCACGAUCCUGGAGCCACUUCGUAAUUACAGUAUCCUGCCCAUCAGCACGUACCACGAACAGAAUCUGACGAAACCGUUGCUGAAUCUGUUGGUGCACUACCUGAGCACCAGGUUCGAGAGCAUCGAUCUGUUGCUGGUCGACUCGGAGUUCGCGUUGAAUUUCUUCCUGGACGCCACCAGGGAGGCCGGUGUCUGCGUGAAGAAUUACGCCAAGACCGUGGAGCUGGACGAGAACGACACGGAGGCUGUGAUCGCCGUGAUCGGAGGGAGGAACGAAGCUCGUCAGUGGAUCGAACGGGGCGAGAAGCUGCAAGGGCAUAGAAAAACAUGGAUCGUCCUUCCCCUGGACGGAUCGAACGUCGACGACCUCGUACCGCCAGGAUCGUACGUCGUGAGGGCGCCGUCCUUCGACCUGGACCCGCUGCAGGACGUCACCUCAACGGACGAUUUCCUGGCAGCGACCGGGAACACAGUGAUCCACUCGUCGCACCUUCUCGGCGUCGGGAAGGCGGUGUUCGAGCUGGCGCAGGUUCUCCAGGACCUACAGAGACGGAACUGCCACCGCGGAAUGGAGACAUCCUGCGUCCUGCCCCGCUUCAACCCCCGCGCUGGCUCGGAAAUACGAAACUCCGACGUAUACAAUGCCCUUCGUAUAUUGCCCAAGCUACACUCGAUCAAAUACAUCGUCGUGAUGAGGAGCCAAACCGAACUGAUCGACAUGGCCACCUACAGGGUGGAACCGGCCAACUUGAAAUUCAGGAUCACCCCCGAAUCGAGAUUGCCAAAAAUGCCAAAACUAUGCCUGAAGAAGUACGCGAAAAAUUGCGAAGAUUGCUUGAACUUUAAGAGGAGGGGCCUACGCGGUGUCACCAGAGAUACACUCGACAGGGGUUUAUUAAAGUCGGGCAACUGGAUACCAAUUUUCCUGACGGUGGCGGUGUGCGGCACGUUCGCCUGCGGCGUGAUUGCCGUCUUCAUUAUCUACCGCUUCAUCGCGGAGGACGUUCUCGAUGGGAAUCCCGCACUAACGAUCGUCCUGAUACUGGCGAACAUUUUCACUCUAUUGACGGUCCUGCCGUUCUGCAUGAACGACUACUACGUGGGUGCCGAGGCACUCAACUCCAGAAAGAUCCUCCUCACCACGCUUACCUUCGGAAUCGACUUCUCCGUGAUGCUGUCCAGAGCGUUCUUUCUGGUAUUCUCCAAGGGCGGUGUAUUCACAGCGCACAUCAACGGAUAUCUGCAGGGUUUGAUGGUGUUCUUCAUGUUCGGUGUACAAUUCGCCAUAUCGAUCAUGUUCUUCAUUCUCAGCGACGAGGACUCCAGCGUAGUCGUCAGGAGCCUCGUCUUCAUCGGCCUGCUAGGAUACGAUAUAUUUCUGCUGAUGACGCUGUUCGUGGUGUGCUUCUUUAUCGCCCGGCUGCCGCGCAAUUAUCGCGAAGGAAAGUGUUUCUUCGGGACUUCCAUCGGUCUGCUGAUAACCUGGGCCAUCUGGCUGACCUGUUUCAUCCUGGUGGAACCGGAAUGCCGCGACAUGGUGGUCUCAUUCGGCAUCGUCGCCACGGCGUACUUGAUCGUCAUCGGAGUUUUAAUUCCCAGGACCUAUUACAUGAUCACGCACCUGGCCAGAGGAAAGGAAUACGGCCAGAGAUUCGGCUCGACGGAUCUGGGCCCCGAUCCGAGGAUAAACACUAUUAUGAGGCAGACACGGCCGUUUUACGAUUACGUGCACCCCGCCGGAGGAAGCGUGACGAAUUUGCAGGUAGCCUCCGCGUACCCGAACUACUACGGUAGCUCGAGCCCGAACCAAAAGUACCUGGCCCAAACCAGGAGCCCGGACACGAGGAGGGUACCGGGAUAUAACAACUACGGAUUCCACACGGAGAUGCGAGAAGUGAAUAACGCUUACAAAAUACCGCAAGUCUGCAUCGAGGAUGCGGACUCAAGAACGAGCCCCGCGGAAAGGAGCAGCGUGAACUCCGCGUACGCACGACCCAAAUGCAACCGGAAGACGAAAACCAGGGACGAGAAAGACUGUAUAGAGACAGACGUCUACGUGGAGAGUAACCACGGAACCGUUCGCAGAUCCCACGACGAGAUCUAUCCCGCGAGAUCCAUCAGUCCCAGAUUGGCGCAAAUGGAGGCGACCAUCCGCGAGGAGGACGAAGAGGACAACGUAACGAGGAUAACGCGAUUCUGAGACUCUAAUCCGCCAGUGUUCAUAUUGUAGUCACGCGCCGCAUAGAGAACUGUGCUCCCGUUGAAAUAAAUCCUGUUGGUUCGUGUGAUCGAUUGGGCGGAUGGAAUUAUUUUUUUUCUUCUUUUAUCACUUAGAUUCUAUUAUAGCUCUAUCGAUUUCGUUCAAUAAGAAAUGU